AUGCUAUUUGAGAAGGAACCGCAAAAUAGCAUUGGAACUUGGGAGAAAGGAAAAAUACUGAAAACGCAGCAACUCUACUGUCUCUCUACCCAACAUGUGCAUAUAAAUACACAGCACAGUGACAACUCCACCAGUAGCAGCAAUAACAACAGGAAGGGCAAAGUCAAGGGAGGUCCUGAUAACAGCAAGUUUAAGUACAGAGGAGUGAGACAGCGAAGUUGGGGCAAGUGGGUGGCCGAGAUCCGUGAGCCUAGAAGGCGAACAAGACGGUGGCUCGGCACCUUCGCCACCGCCGAAGAUGCGGCGCGUGCAUAUGACCGCGCAGCCAUUACACUUUACGGUUCUAGGGCUCAGCUCAACCUCCAGCCCUCUGGUGCUGGCCCAUCUUCUCAGUCCACUCUUAGUAGCUCUUCUUCUUCUUCCACUCAAACCCUUCGUCCAAUACUUCCUCGUCCUUCUGUGUUUAGCCUCACCUUUUCUUCUUCACCGGCUCCGCCUUCUGCGGCCGCUGGAGUGGUGGCUGGUUACUGUCCAUACGGAUUGUACCCUACCUUACACUACCCUACUAUAGCACAAACACAAAGUCCACAACAAGUAUUGCAACAACAACUAGAGUGUAUAGGGCCUAAUUUCGAUGUUGAGGCUGACCCCACCAGUAGGUUUAAUUUCCAACAGACUUCUUAUGCAAACCCUAAUUGUGUGUACGAUGAAAUCAACUCACUGGUGGGCUCAGUUGGGUCAAGCUUGUCUUUGUCUUCUCAGCCAGUUGUUGCACCGGCGGUGACAGAUCUGACUAUGACCGCCGGACCAGCAUCUCCAGCUUUGUGGCCAUUGACAAACGACGAUGAGUUACCUCCGGCUAGUAUUUGGGACUAUAGCGACCCGUUCUUCGAUAUUUGA